UAGGUACCUCGAGACGGCGUCGGGGCUAGUGUUUAAUAGCCGGCAGGCCGGAGACUUGGGGAGCAGAAGUUUAGGGGAGGGGGCCUAACGCCAACCAGCAGAGAUCAAGACAGCGUGGAAGAGGGGACUAGAGGACAACAAGAGGGCCUCGAGAAAAGGAACGACAUCUGCUCGGGGCUAGGCGAGAAGGAUAAGCCGAUAAGGAGAGCAGCAGUGGGAUGGAGGCAGAUGGUGGGCUGCAACCAUGGCUGAAUUUCCCCGGAAUCCCAACUCCGCCUCCCGGGGAGCGGAGGCCAUUUCUCCGCCAAUCACGGGCGGGAGUCGCCUGGCCUUCCCCAGCCUCAGUUCUGCCGCCGAUGAUCCCAUUUACGACACUGACAGACGGGAAUCCCCCUCCCAGGGUCGGUGUGACCGUGCGAGAGGGGCCAGAUUGACUUUCGCAGCGACAGGCCAGCUUGCACGUACGGUGCGGGAUAGCCUACAUCGUGGACGAUCUGAUUCUGAGGCCAGAAGAUCAUCCAUGCCACCUAGGCUGAUCCUUUCCCCUGCCAUUGUCCUGCAAGCUCCCAUGAUACGAGGAAAAAACCCCUAUAGCGUUAUCGACGCCCGUUGCUGUUGGUUCGGACCUAUCCACCGACCGCAACGUAGGCCAAUGGACGUUACAUCGCCCUGCGGACUGCCCACCGUCUCCGCCCUCCGGCUGGCUCAUGGCGACCAUGGUCCCGGAUCCUCCGGGCAGGCCACCGUGGCCCCGACAAUCAGCCUUACAGCCAGGGCAACCCCCCAGCUUUUACGCGCAUAAUCGGUGCACCAGUGGCAGCAUCUUCAAUUCGCUGGGUCCAGGAGAUACCUUA